AUGGCAGACGCUCUUGGGCUUGUCUCAAGCAUUAUUGCCGUGGUGGACCUCUUCAUCAAAGUCGGCGUGCAGUGUUCUAUAUACUGUUCAGGCGUCAAGGACGCCCCUCGUGAUAUUCGGCAGAUACUAAAUGAAGCGGACAGAACCACUGCAACGCUUGAGGACCUCAGGCGCCUCCUUGCCAGCCCAACUGGCGCCAGACUCUCGUCAUCGCAAAGAGUCUGCCAAAGCAUAGAGGAUGCUCGCCUGCAGCUACAAGAUCUAGCCUUCAAGCUUGAAGGAGGAUUGAGAACAGGACAACGGUUAAGGUGGCCGCUGAGGAAAGAGGAGGUUGCUGGCAUAAUCAGUCAGCUCCAGAAAUGCAGGGCAUCGAUUGCUUUAGAUUUGCAGGUCGACCAGACUGCUUUGCUUCUCAAUGUGCACCAGGAGGCCGUAUUGGCCAAGCUCAGAACCGCCAAAGGAGCAGCGUUCGACUCCCCCAGCCACGCCAACAGCUCCAAGUGCUACCCCGGGACAAGAGAGGGCAUUCUGAGACAGAUCCAGACCUGGAGCACCAAAUCCGAUGGCCAGUGCAUCUUCUGGCUAAAUGGGGGAGCGGGUACCGGCAAGUCGACAAUAUCUCGAACAGUUGCGCAGUUCUUUGCGGACAACGGGAUUCUCGGCGCCAGUUUCUUCUUCAAACACGGCGAAGCUGAUCGCGGCAACAUGGCACUCUUCUUCCCAACGAUGGCGUCCCAGCUCAUCCAGGCAUUCCCUCAGAUUGCGCCACACGUCCGAGCAGCAGUUGAGGCCGACCCUACCAUCCACGACAGGUCGAUCAAGGAGCAGUUCGAUAAACUCAUUGCAGACCCAAUCAUUAUGGCAUCGAAGGCGUCGCAACUACCAACCAUAGUAGUCGUUGCUGACGCACUUGAUGAGUGCGAUAACGAUGAGCAUGUGAGGCUGGUCAUUCACCUCCUCUCGCAGACAAGGCAUUUUACAUCUGCCAGCCUAAAGUUUUUUGUCACCAGCAGACCAGAACUUGCCAUUCGACUUGGGUUUGCUGAUAUCUGUGGCCAAUACGAAGAUCUGAUGCUUCAUCAAGUACCCCGGGUUGCUAUCGAACACGACAUUACGUUAUUUCUGGAGCAUGAGAUUGCCAUGAUCAGGCAGGAUUACAACAAGUCUGUAUCCGUCAACAGGCAACUGCCGCUAUCCUGGCCCGGCAUUCAAAGCUUUCAGCGGUUAGUCUCCAUGUCGAUACCUCUGUUCAUCUUUGCUGCAACAGCUUGCCGCUUUAUUCAGGACAGAAGAAUUGGUGGACCCAAAGAGCAACUGGCAAAGAUCCUGCAACAUCAAACAGGUCACGGACCGACCUCUAACUUGGACGCCACCUACCUCCCGAUAGUAAACGGACUCUUGGCAGGGCUUUCUGAUGUUGAAAAGGGCUUCGUUUCGGAGCGGUUCAGGCGCAUCGUCGGCUCUAUCGUCACGCUGGCCAACCCCCUCUGCGCACCGUCCCUCGCCCGCCUUUUGGGUAUGCCCCGCGAGAGUGUAGAGGAUCUGCUGGAUCUGCUGCAUUCGGUACUGUAUAUUCCCACGGAUGCUCGACUACCAGUACGAGUGCUUCAUCUCUCUUUCCGCGAUUUCCUCGUUGAUCCGACAAAGGCCAGUGCGGCAGACAAAUACCCCCUCUGGAUCGACCAGCAAAAAGCCCACCGAGUAUUAGCAACACGCUGUUUGGAGCUGCUGUUGGAAGAGGGUACCCUUAGAAGGAACAUUUGCGGUCUGAAACUGCCAAGCACUUCGCGAUCCGAGGUUUGCCAAUCGACACUCGAAGCUGCCUUACCGUCUGAGGUGCAAUACGCCUGUCUGUAUUGGGUUUUCCACUGGAGAGAAAGCAUGAGCAAGGUCGAGGAUGGCGGGCUGGUCGAUUGCUUUUUGAACAGCCAUCUGCUGCAUUGGUUCGAGGCUCUCGGCUUGCUUGGGCAUAUCUCGGAGUGCAUCGGCAUGAUAAAUGACCUGCUGGAUCUGGUUCAUCUGGAACGGGGUGUUCUCCUCUCGGCCCUCCUUCGAGAUGCUCGACGAAUCAUCCUCAGCAAUCGGGCCAUCAUAGACACGUCGCCUCUUCAGGUUUACUACUCGGUCAUUCUAUUUGCGCCAGAAGAAAGCAUCGUCAAGACCAGAUUCCGAUCUGAAUUACCUGUUUGGUUCACCGUAUCGCCGCCAAUUGCUUCUAAGUGGGAUGCAUGCCUGCAGACGCUCGAGGGACACACCUCCUUCGUUCGUUCAGUUGCCUUCUCGCAUGACUCAAAGUUGCUUGUAACGGCAUCAGCAGACAGCACGAUCAGGAUCUGGGAAGUGGUAUCCGGCACCUGCAUCUCAACGCUUGUAGGAUCCGACUCACGAGUCUCCUCGGUUACCUUUUCGCAUGAUUCAAAGUUCAUUGCUUCAGCGACACUCCGCGAAAUUCGACUCUGGGAUGCUGUAACUGGCCUUUGUGCUUCAAUUCUCGACGGCCAUGGCGACAACAUUUGUACGAUUGCCUUCUCACACGACUCAAGACUACUUGCGUCGACAUCUCGCGACGGCACCAUUAAAGUCUGGGACUCAACAAGCGGCAUCUGCACUUUGACACUCAAUGGCCACAGCAAAACCGUCGAUUGCGUCGCUUUCUCGCAACAAUCUACAGUGCUUGUGUCAAGCUCAUACGACUCUUGUAUCAAACGAUGGGACGUCACGACCGGUGACUGUGCCUGCAUAGCUAUACUCGCUGGGCAUUCCAGCUGGGUCAACUAUCUUGCAUUUUUACCACAAGCAGAUGUACUUGUAUCAUCUUCAGGUGAUCGCACCAUUAGGAUCUGGGAUAUUGGCACUGCUGCCUGUACGGCGACGUUCGAAGGGCAGAGCGAACCCUGGAAUGAAUCAAUUGCAUUCUCCCACGACUACAAGUUGCUUGCAUCAGGAAAGGACGAUGGAAGCAUCGACGUAUGGGAUAUCUCUACAGGAGAA